AUGCGUCAACGAUUCAAUAUGGAGUCCCACCGACGAAAAUAAUGCUAGUGUUGCAAAGUGUUUUGCAGCUUUCUUGGAAUGCGUGUCAAAUAUAACGUUUCUGAAUCACACGUGGUGAGUUACACGCCUCUUCAUUAAGGAAAGACUGUAUCAUGAUCAUCAUAUCAACAGCAGAGGUUGCUUUUAAAGGUAUUCACAGCACAUUUCAUGUCAAAGAUUCAACAUCAUGGAGAUGGACAUCAGUAAUCUCAAACCCCCUACUGGGGACACGGCAUCCAUCUCCUCCACUGGCCGAAAAUUCAAAAAGAAAAGUGCUCUGACAAAACUUGCCGAAAAGAAACGUCGUUCAUCAGAGAGUGGGAGUGAAUUUGGGUCAUGUGCAUCUCUACAAUCUAACCAGACUCUGGAAGUCACAGGGGGACAGAACACAGCAUAUAGCAGCAAUCAGAAUGUAUCCAAUAUCGAGGAGGACACAAACAUGAAAUUAGACAUCACAUACCCGUCUGACGACACACCCGAAAAUAACAACCAAGCAGAAGAUCAGUCCAAUAAUGCAAACUACGCACGGACUGGCUUACAGCGUGGAAAGAAAGUCUAUAACGUCAAUGUGAAAAAGAAUCCCAAACCGGUUCCCCGAUUAAAGAAACCAGAUCCCGAGAAGUGUGACUGGGACCCCCCUCCUCCUCUGGAUGCCAACGACAACGGGAACAUCGGAAGCAAGGCGCCAUCAGAUGCCACCAUACACAGGUUCAGGGCCCUGAAGAUGGCUAAUGAUCCAAAGGGGUCACUGGAGUCAUUAAAGAGUCUUCCUUUUCAACCCAAACCACCACAGACGCCCAAAUCUGAAAGAAAAGUGAAAGGAAAAGGAAAUCUUAAGGGAGAGAAGAGAAACCGAGAUCCUGGUUCUUCAGGGGAGGAAGUGGAAUCGAAAUCAAAGAAGCAGACUCCGUCGUAUAUAAACCUGCAAACAGGGACGGAGAAGUACGAAAGGGAAAAAUCGGAGGAUGAAGUAUUCAUGACAGAUAAUUCUAACAAGACUGUGGGCACAAGUGCUGGUACAUUGGAGGUAAACAAGAAGGACAGUGAAAUUUUGCUCAGUAACAAUGUAGAAAUGGCAAGUCCUAGAAGUGCCAAGUCCUCCCGCGGUCUUCUCCCGCCCCUCAUUCCGAAAUCCUAUCUUCCUCCUCUCGGAGACAUCACAUCGACAGCGCUUAAAGUCUCCAUGAAAACCGACUCCUCGUACCCUCAUCAGAAAGUUUCCUUAGAAGACUCCCGUAUAGGUGACACUCUUUCACAGAGGUCACUCUCAGCAUCUAGUGCCAUGUUACCGAUCACCAUUAGAGAGGCCAGGGCAAGGACCGGGUCACGGGGCAAUGUGAGUGUCACCUCCUCCCUGGUGGGGGCCCCGGAGCUAGAGAGGUACUUCCCGGACCACCAACUGAAAAUCUGGGUUGGAAGUUGGAACAUGGGAGACAGGAAGGAAUGUAAGGAUUCUCUAGAAGACUUUAUCUUACCGGUGGAGAGUGAAAUUAUGCAAGAUAUUUAUGCUGUUGGAACCCAGGAAAACAAUAUCAUCAAAAAAGACUGGGAGGUGACAGUACAGGCCACCCUGGGACCUACGCACGUUCUAUUUCACUCCGCCUCUCAUGGAUCUCUACAUCUUGCCAUAUUCAUACGCAGGGACCUCAUCUGGUUCUGUUCUGUCCCAGAUGAUGAACAGGUGUCCACUAGGGCAGUUACCAUGAUGAAAACCAAAGGAGCGGUAGCAAUCUCAUUUCAUUUUUUUGGAACCUCAUUUCUAUUUGUCAACUGUCAUUUAACAUCUGAUGAUGGUCGUUUAAAGGACCGGAUAACAGAUUAUCACAAAAUCUGCUCCUGUCUAAAGAUGCCCAAGUAUUCUCAUAAAGACCAACAAAGUGUUCAAGGUGAUGCUCUCAGUAAAUAUGAUAGUGUGUUUUGGUUCGGGGACCUUAAUUUCCGAAUCGACAAGGGACGUAACACAGUGGAAAGCAUGGUGGAGGCAAUUACUGAACAGGAACAUCCAAACUUUGAAUUUCUUCUGGAGGGGGAUGAACUCAAUGAUUGUAUAGUUAAAGAUCAAAUAUUUCAAGGAUUUUUAGAAGGAAGAAUAAAUUUUAAACCCACAUAUAAGUUUGAUUUAAAUGUUGAUAAAGAUAUUUACGACACAUCCAGUAAGCUACGGAUUCCUUCAUACACAGACAGAAUAUUAUUUAAGGCACGUAAGAAGAACUCUAUCAGUUGUCUUCACUAUGAUGCUGUUAUGAACCUACGCUUAUCGGACCAUCGUCCUGUGUACGGUCUCUAUGAAGCUGUGAUAAAACCAGGCGGGGACAAUAUUCCAAUAGCAGCAGGUCACUUUGACCGCGACGUUUAUAUGGAGGCUAACAAGAAAUGGGACAUUAAUAUAGGACAGAAGAACAAAAAUCAGAAAAAUAGUUUGGUGUGUACCAUACAGUAGUCAGACAGUCAGCUAAGGAAGGGAGGCAACUCAUAUAAAAGCUUCAAAAAGAAGGAAGAGAUGCUCCAAUUGUAAGAAUGCUGAGCAUUAUGGAGUACCUAAAACUUGUCGGAAAUCAAGGAAAUUAGUACAGGAAAAAGGCAGCUACCAUUGAUCCUUCUUGUGGAUAAGUUGAAGGACUUUUUGUUGGAGAUUACUUUAUAGUAAAAGAAACCCACAGUCCCUGAUCACAGUCCCAGCAUUCAACAGUGCAGGAAGUGAUGCUGAUUCCAUAAUGUGAUGGUAUAUCUGGAAGUCUUUAAGAUUGUUAUUUUCAUGUGUUAAUACAAAAAAAAUACUCAGUAAAGAGAUUGAAAAUUUUCUGAGAAUUAGACAUCUGUCAAAGUUCAGAUUUGUUAAUUGAAUCUGUCCCAAAUAUUGAAGACCAAGAACCACUGCUCUGCAUUUGUCUAUCAAUAAUGUUUAUGAUGACUGUAUUUUUAUUACGUGCACAUAUUUUGUCAAGACUCACGGGUAAUGUUUACCUUUAUUUUGGAGAAAGGUAUCAAAAGUAGGCUUUAAAGCAUUCUUAAUCCGAGAUCAUGUGACUCGUGCCCCCAUUUGUUACAUAUGUAGUCUCUGCAAUUGGAACAAAGUGUCGGACUUUAUUAAAAUUAGUUUUUUUCAGCAAACACAGCUGGAAGUCUUUUCCAACUAUGUAGAGCCAGAAUUUAUACUAGAUUUCAUAAAAAGAAUAUUUCAUUACUAUUUUGUUUUUUCCUGUACAGUUACAAGAGCAAAUUAGAAUUUGGUUCGAAUCAUACAUGUACUUUUGAAUAAGUUAUGAAUGCAUUGCUCGAUUAUUGCUAGGAUUUCUGUCUAAUGUGUGUGAUAUUGUAAUCAUUUUAUAUUUUCAACCGACGAUGUCCAUCUUUUGUACGUUUUUCAGAUAAAUCUAAACUAACAGAAAAUGCAAGUUUGCUGUAAUAUCUUAAAAAAUUGUCUUUGAUUAGAAAAGAGUAUAAGCAGUUAUUUAUCGUAGAUUGUGGAUACUUGAACUCAUUGUCAGCUUAAAGGCUCAAAAAGAUAAUUGUAUGAUUUUCUGAAACUAGUCAGACUUGCAUCUCCAUCAUUUUAACAUAAUGCAUGCAUUGAUCAUUUUUAGUUAUGUGAUUUUAAUUUCAUUAUAAGUAUGGUAAAGACAUUGGAGUACUUAGGGGAUUGAAUUUCAGUGGUUUUCUCCAUUAUGAAUUUGCUUGAUUUCAGUUUUAUUUCUGUCAACAUAAUUUCCUACCCAGGAACAGCUCCUGGGGAGACAAUCAUGGUUUUAUUUUGUGAACCUAAAAAUUAGUACUUUGUUGCAAAGUGUAAUUCUAAGCUUGUUUAUAAAAUUUUCUUUUUCUUAAUGACACUUGCUACAAAACAAGCUUUUUUUCAAAAAUGAUGAAAAUGGACCCUGAAUUUAUGUUUAUAGAAGUAGAAGGAAUACAUUUCACUGAAUGGAAUCUUACUUUUGCCAUCCAUUUCUCAAUUAUGCCUAAUACAGUUUUUAGAGUUAUACAGAGUAGGGAUUUUGAACAUCACAGGAAAUUUACAAGUUCCUUAAACUUUACGAAUUUGAUAUUGGUGCAAAUUAAAUCCAAAAUAUGCAAAGAAAUAUAAUGAUGAACAUCAGUGUCUCGAACAUUGAUAUCUUGAAUACCAUGGAUCUGUCAAAGCAAGUUGAAAGUCACAACUACAUUUUUUUUUUGUAUUUUUACUUAAAUAUCUCGAACCCUUUGAUAUCUCAAAGUUUUUUAUCGGCUCCAUCAAGUUCAAGAUAACAAGGUUCAACUGUAUAUCAACUCGUGCAUCAAAUUUUUAAAAAAAAAAUUUGGGUAGCAAGUGUCCUUAAUUUUUAAUUCUUUAUUAUGUCAUCAAGCUGUAAAGUUUGUUGUGUACUGGUAAGGAAGUGGUCUGAUGUUUUAUGUUUAAGAGUGCUAUUUUAAUAGAACGCUGAGUAGUGCCAAAUAUUUAAAUGUACAGCAGUUGUAUUUGGAAUGUGGACACAAGGUGGGUGUGUUCAGUUGUCGACCUUGUGGUUUUAUUUUUGUCCGUCCAGAGGUUGUGUGUAAUAUUAUAUAUCCUUAGUUGCUUACAGUGUACAGUCAGACAUGCCUCUGUUGCAUGUAAGUUAAUUCACAUCUAUAAAAUAUUCUGUCCAGAGAUUGGGUUUUUGAAGCUUUCAAUGCAUACUAGAGAUUGGAUAGAGUUUAAUUUUGAUCUAUGUAUUUUGUAAAUGAAGUACGUGUAUAUCAACAAAGGCCAUUUACAGGGAGAACCUUUUGUCUGUAAGUUAAACCAAUUUUUAUUGUUGGACUCUUCUAGUUGAGAUUCCUCUAUUUGUCAAUAAAUUGGGGUUCUCUAGAGAAGGUGGUUCAUGGUGUAACUACCAACAAACAGACAGACAAAAAUGGCCUCUUCAUCAAAGCUUUAACAGACAACACAAAAAUAUUUAUUGACAUAUUAUAAUUUUGUUGUCAUUGAUUUUAUUUUGAAAAGCUUGUGAGCAUAUUUAAGAAAAUCAAUAGUGAUACCAUGCUAUCAUAUAUGCAUUUAUUGUGGUAUUUUAUUUUGUUAGAAAUUGUGACAAUUUCUAUACAGUGCUAAUAUACAUGUACCGGUUUACCUGUUAAAUAUACUUUUUAUUGAUUGAAAUAACAAAGAUGUUUUGUUUAAGUCUAAACUAUUUAUAGCUUAACAAAAAGUAAUGAAAUAUAAAA